GGCAUCGGGCAGGGGACGAGUCCAUCUGGUCCCUGCUCCGUGCUGGCCUCCCGAGGUGCCAUCUGAUCCCAAGGUUGACACCGGUGGUGUCGCGGGUCCCGGCCACCAUGGCUCCCAGCCAGGCCUCGGGGCCACCCUGGCACACUGUCCCCAUGCCGAGAGCAGGCGUCCUGAGCAUCCAUGCUCAGUCCCAGCUCUUGGCACGUCCUCAGCCCGUCCGUACAGGUGUGUGACCAGGAGUGUGUCCUCAGUGUCCUGUCGGGGGGUGGGGGGACCGUGCCUGAGUCGAUGCCGGUGCCCGGGAUGUGGCCUCUGGGGACUGGCAGAGGGCCCUGGGGGACAGCCCGCGCCUGGGUCCUGUGUGGUGCAGGACAGUGGUGUCUGUGUCCUGGUCUGCAUCCUGCGGUCCGCCUCUCGGUGGCCCCCUCAGAAGUCCACUCUCCCUGCACAGUCACAGAGGCCCAGGAGGCCGUUGGGAGCACGAGACAGAGGUUUGCAGGACUGGCGGCAGACUAGCCCCCAGGGCCCCGGCCUCGCACCUCGCGGACACUGGUAGCGCCUGGGGCGGGGUUCCCACGUGCCAGGAGGACCUUCAGGUCAGACUUUGACCCCGGCGCAGGCUUCAGUGGUCGCCAAGGAUCAGGAGCCUAAGAGCUUUGGUUCGAGACAAUUAAAGACGUGGGAUGAGGAUCCAGUGACAGGACGCGGUUCUGCCGGGGGAUUCUGAAGAUAAAACGCUUUGAAAAGUCGAAUUCAUGGUCGUGGAAGCUGAGCCCAUAUUAAGAAAUGUCAGGCGUCCGACCCCCGAUCAUGAACGGGCCCAUGCACCCCCGGCCCCUGGUAGCGCUGCUCGACGGCCGGGACUGCACGGUGGAGAUGCCCAUCCUGAAGGACGUGGCCACGGUGGCCUUCUGUGACGCACAGUCCACGCAGGAGAUCCACGAGAAGGUGCUGAAUGAGGCGGUGGGGGCGCUGAUGUACCACACCAUCACGCUGACCAGGGAGGACCUGGAGAAGUUCAAAGCUCUUCGUAUCAUCGUUCGGAUCGGCAGUGGUUUCGACAACAUCGACAUCAAGUCAGCUGGGGACUUAGGCAUCGCGGUCUGCAACGUGCCGGCGGCGUCCGUCGAGGAGACGGCCGACUCUACCCUGUGCCACAUCCUCAACCUGUACCGCAGGACCACCUGGCUGCACCAGGCGCUGCGGGAAGGCACACGGGUCCAGAGCGUUGAGCAGAUCCGGGAAGUGGCUUCCGGAGCGGCCAGGAUCCGCGGGGAGACCUUGGGCAUCAUAGGACUAGGUCGCGUGGGGCAGGCGGUGGCACUUCGGGCCAAGGCCUUCGGCUUCAACGUGCUGUUCUACGACCCCUACCUGUCAGACGGCACGGAGCGGGCGCUGGGGCUGCAGCGGGUGAGCACCCUACAGGACCUGCUGUUCCACAGCGACUGCGUCAGCCUGCACUGCGGCCUCAACGAGCACAACCACCACCUCAUCAACGACUUCACCGUCAAGCAGAUGCGACAAGGCGCCUUCCUGGUGAACACAGCCCGGGGCGGGCUGGUCGACGAGAAGGCCCUGGCCCAGGCCCUGAAGGAGGGGCGGAUCCGGGGCGCAGCCCUGGACGUGCACGAGUCGGAGCCGUUCAGCUUUAGCCAGGGCCCCCUGAAGGAUGCGCCUAACCUGAUCUGCACCCCCCACGCGGCCUGGUACAGCGAACAGGCCUCCAUCGAGAUGCGGGAGGAGGCGGCCCGGGAGAUCCGGAGAGCCAUCACAGGCCGGAUCCCCGACAGCCUGAAGAACUGUGUCAAUAAGGAUCACCUGACAGCGGCCACCCACUGGGCCAGCAUGGACCCGGCUGUGGUGCACCCGGAGCUCAACGGGGCCGCCUACAGCAGGUACCCGCCGGGCGUGGUGGGCGUGGCCCCCAGCGGCAUCCCAACCGCCGUCGAAGGCAUCGUCCCCAGCGCCAUGUCCCUGUCCCACGGCCUGCCCCCUGUGUCCCACCCGCCCCACGCCCCUUCUCCCGGCCAAACCGUCAAGCCCGAGGCAGAUAGAGACCACGCGAGUGACCAGUUGUAGCCCGGGCGGAGCUCCGCAGCCUUGGCGCCCUCGGACGGGUGGUGGCGGAGGCGGCGUCUGCGAGGCCACAGCGCUCCAGAGACUGUCCGGGCGCCGCGCGGGCGAGAGGCCGCUCCGCCCUCCCCGCGUCAGCCGUAGUCGUCCUUCCCCGAGGGCCAGCCGCUGUCCUGUGUUCUUUGCGUCCUCGUUAAGCAAAAGAAGUUUAGUAGUUAAUUCUAUCAUGAAUGUUCUUGUCCGUGUACAGUCUUUAGAACAUCACAAAGGAUCGGUUUGCUCAGCUGUCCACGGGAGAGAGCCCGAGGGGCCGCGCUCCGCAGGCCGGGCUGAGGCUGCCGCCCGAACACACCCGCGACCAGGCAGUUGGGCAAACUUCUCAGGACAACGACUCCUUCCCGUUUUUCUUUCUACGCCACACAGUGCAUUGUUUUUUCUACCUGCUUGUCUUAUUUUUAGAAUAAUUUAGAGAAACAAAACAGAGGCUGUUUUUCCUCAUUUUGGCAUGAACCCCCUUGUUCCAAACGAAGAUGGCGCUGUGAGUGGCUGGGAGAGAAGAGGAGGGUGUGGCGCACAGCGCGCUCCGGCCGGCGGCCCCGGGCCCGGGACGUGAGGGCGCAGCGCCCUGGCCUGCGCGGGUGCCGUCCUGCUGACGUGGUAGGCUAGCAAUAUUUUGGUUAAAAUCAUGUUUGUGACUGUAACCAUUUGUAUGAAUUAUUUUAAAGAAAUAAAAACCCCAGAAAGAGCCGGCA